CAGCGGGCGAGCAAACAACUGAAGUUGCAACACACUAAAAAUCACAGGAAUGUACACGACCGGACUGUUCCUUCUUCUUUUAUCCCUGGGCGUCCUGGCUUGCAAUGGAGCCGACCCUUGUUGCUCACAGCCAUGCCAGAACCGUGGUGUGUGUACAGCUCUUGGACAGGACUCUUACGAAUGUGACUGCACACGGACUGGUUAUUAUGGGCAAAACUGCACAACUCCUGAAUUCCUCACAUGGCUGAAAGUAUCUCUGAAACCAGCACCAAACACGGUGCACUACAUCCUCACACAUUUUAGAGCUUUCUGGAACAUCAUCAACAACAUACCAUUUUUGCGAGACUCCAUCAUGCGUUAUGUUUUAACAUCACGUUCCCAUUUAAUUGAAAGUCCCCCAACCUUCAAUGCUGACUAUGGUUACAAGAGCUGGGAAGCCUAUUCCAAUCUGUCCUAUUUCACACGUACUUUACCUCCUGUUCCUAAAGAUUGCCCAACACCUAUGGGAGUUGCUGGUAAAAAAGAGUUGCCUGAUGUAAAGGUGGUGGUGGAGAGGUUCCUGCUCAGGAGGAAGUUUAUCCCUGACCCACAGCGCACCAGUCUCAUGUUUGCCUUCUUUGCUCAGCACUUCACACACCAGUUCUUCAAAACUGACAUGAAUAGAGGCCCAGCCUUCACUAAGGCCAAGAACCAUGGGGUUGAUCUAAAUCACAUUUAUGGAGAGGAACUUGAACGUCAACAUAAACUCCGGCUGUUUAAGGAUGGCAAGCUAAAAUAUCAGGUUCUGGAUGGUGAGGUUUAUCCUCCCCUAGUCAGUGAAGUUCAGGUGAAUAUGCACUAUCCACUUCAUGUGCCUGAGUCUCAUCGCUUCGCUGUCGGCCAUGAAGCCUUUGGUCUGGUCCCAGGCCUCAUGAUGUAUGCUACUCUCUGGCUUCGGGAACACAACCGUGUGUGUGACAUUCUUAGGCAGGAGCAUCCAGAUUGGGAUGAUGAGAGGCUCUUUCAGACCACAAGACUCAUCUUGAUUGGUGAGACCAUCAAGAUUGUAAUUGAGGAAUAUGUGCAGCACCUGAGUGGCUACCACUUGAAGCUUAAAUUUGAUCCAGAGCUCCUCUUUAACCAGCGUUUCCAGUACCAGAACCGGAUCUCAUCUGAAUUUAAUACCCUUUACCACUGGCACCCACUCAUGCCUGAUAACUUCUGCAUCCAGGGUGAAGUCUACAGCUACAAGCAGUUCCUCUUCAACACCUCAAUUGUGACAAACCAUGGCAUAAGUAAUCUGGUGGAUUCAUUCUCCAAGCAGACAGCAGGCAGGGUUGCAGGUGGUCACAAUGUUCCACCUGCACUGAUGAUGGUGGCUACAAAGUCGAUUGAGAAUAGUAGAAUGAUGCGCUACCAGUCUUUCAAUGCUUAUAGGAAACGCUUCAACAUGAAGCCGUAUGACUCAUUUGAAGAGCUUACAGGUGACAAGGAGAUGGCAGCAGAGCUGGAGGAGCUGUAUGGCGAUAUUGAUGCUAUGGAGCUAUACACCGGCCUGCUUGUUGAAAAACCAAGGUCCAACGCCAUCUUUGGAGAAACCAUGGUGGAAAUGGGUGCCCCAUACUCACUGAAAGGCCUCAUGGGAAACCCCAUCUGCUCCCCCGAGUACUGGAAGCCCAGCACAUUUGGUGGCAAAAUUGGCUUUAACAUUAUCAACACAGCCUCGCUGCAGAAGCUGGUAUGCAAUAACAUCAAGGGGCCUUGCCCUACUGUGUCUUUUCAUGUGCCCAAUGUAAAGGACUCAGUACUGACGACAAUCGAUGUAAGCAUGGCACACUCAGGCACAAAAGAUGUCAACCCAGCAAUUCUACUUAAAAAGCGGACCUCUGAGCUCUGAAAAACCACUACUGUGAUUGAUUCUCGACACGAAUCACUAGAAAGAAUUGAACUCUUAACAUAGCUUUUCAAUUUAUUUAUUUAUUUGUUUGUUUGUUUGUUAAAUUUAUUUAUUACAUAUUUAUUUAUUACAUAUUUAUUUUAUUUAUUUCCUUUAAUAAGAUCUGUUUUAUUAUAUAAAAUGCUGUAUUUUAAAUGAAUAUUCUAUAUAUCUUUGUAAAUCAGUAUAGUGUAGUGUAUAUAGAAGGAUUUUGACAUGGCUGUUGAGCUUGCAUUGUGCUUACAAUAAGAUAAAGUCAAGAACACAGACAACACUGAACACACAGAACACAUACUUUCUAUGUACAGCAGUGGAUACUGUAUACAACUAUUUUCCUGUAAAUGAAGAACAUUGCACAACCUCUCUGGAGGUGAACAGGUCUUUGAAGGGGGGCAUGUUUCCUUCUAGGAGUCUUGAAGUCAACCUGACAAAGCAUUGCGGUCUGUUCAGGGUCGAGUUUCCCAAAAGCAUUGCAGCACAAAUAUCAAUUCAAUUUUAUUUGUAUAGCACUUUUAACAGUGCACAUCAUCACAAAGCAUCCAUCCAUUAUCUGUAACUGCUUAUCCUGUGCAGGGUCGUGGGCAAGCUGAAGCCUAUCCCAGCUGACUAUGGGCAAGAGGCAGGGUACACCCUGGAGAAGUUGCCAGAUCAUCGCAGGGCUGACACAUAGGGACAAACAACCAUUAACACCUACAGUCAAUUUAGAGCCAUCAAUUAGCCUAACCUGCAUGUCUUUGGACUGUGGGGGAAACCGGAGCACCCGGAGGAAACCCACGCGGACACGGGGAGAACAUGCAAACUCCACACAGAAAGGCCCCCAUCAGCCACUGGGCUCAAACCCAGAACCUUCUUGCUGUGAGAUGACAGUGCUAAACACUACACCAUACCAUCUCAUCACAAAGCAGCUUUACAGAAAUAUAUAAAUGUUAAAUUUAUAAAUUAUUCCCAAAUGAACAAGUCAGAGGUGACAGUGGCAAGAUGACAGGAGAAAGAGACCUUGAGAGGAACCAGACUCAAAAGGGAACCCAUCCUCAUCUGGGUGCCACCAAAUAGUGCGAUUAUAAAUAAUUUAUCUAACUGCAUACUAUAUAUUCAAAAAGUGCAAUUGUGUUAACAGGAACUUAUGAGUUUAUAAGCAACUUAUGUUUAUGAGCAUCAGAUUAAUUUCUGAAUUUGUUACAGUUUUAGCUUAAAAUCUAUUGUUUUAAACCGAAGUCAUUAAAUGUUCAGUGUUGGAGAUUUGAGAGGAAACUGAUUUUAGCAAUUGCAGAAAGGAAGAACAUUCACAACCAUGUCUAUGGUCUUAAUGUGGUACCAUCCACAGUGGGGGGGGGGACACAGAUCAUCAUAUUAAUUGGUAGCGCAAGUAUUACGAUGACCUCUCUCUCUCUCUCUCUCUCUCUCUCUCUCUCUCUUUCCCAGUUUAGAUGAUUCUUACUUUUGCAGUACUUUAGGGGAAACUCAGUCCAGGUUAUUACUGGUUACAGAACCACAGCACAUUUUUGUGGUGGAGAAAACAGACUCAAUGGUUACUAUGUAGAACUGGGCCAGCAGCAGUUGUUCAGUUUGUUGGUGUAUUUACAUCGUAAAAUAUAGAAUGUUUUUGUAAUUGUGAUCCCAUAUGUUAACAUUGUUAACACUACACUAUUGUUUGUUUUUAUGGAAAUAAUACUUAAACAAGUUUAGUUUACAAUUUGUUAUGUCUAAGCAUUUAUUUAGCAUUUUUACAGCAUUGUCUUCCAAUUUAUUUAUUUCUAAUUUAGUUGUUCCCCAUUGUUACAGUUACUCAUCUAGGUGGGCAAAAUUAAUUCAUACUUCUUCCCAAUUUCACCACAAGAUCUUUUCAAACUUGUACUCAUGCAACAUCACUAGGCAGCUAAAUGCGCUUGGAAGAGAGGAUGAACUGCCAUCUAUACAUACAUGCGCCAUGACUUAAUACAUGCCUAUUAUUGGGUAUAGUUUUUCUUACUGAUAGAUUAAAGAGAGUAACACCUGUCCCACCAAGAGAGCAGAACCACUUAACAGUGUUUUUUUUUCUCUAUACUCAGUGGAAAGAAUAAAAAACAACUUUGGAAAAGGGUAAUAAACAAAGUCUCAUACAAAAUA